CAGUAGAAAAAAAAAAAAAAGCCCAUAGAACUUCCUUUUGUACAAGGGUCGGUAAAUAUAACAAAGCUCUUUGAGAUCUCUUGGUCAGCACCAUGGGGCGGCUGGAUGGGAAGAUCAUCCUGUUGUCUGCAGCAGCACAGGGCAUUGGCCAAGCAGCUGCUAUUGCUUUUGCUAAAGAAGGAGCCAAAGUCAUUGCUACAGACAUCAAUGAGUCAAAACUGCAAGACCUGGGGAAAUAUCCAGGCAUUCAAAUACGAGUUCUGGAUGUCACCAAAAAGGAGCAGAUCGAAAAUCUGGCCAGGGAGAUUGAAAAGAUUGACAUCCUCUGUAACAUUGCAGGGUUUGUUCAUCAUGGAACCAUUCUGGAGUGCGAGGAGCAAGACUGGGACUUCACGAUGAACCUCAAUGUUCGCAGCAUGUACCUAAUGAUAAAGACAUUCCUUCCAAAGAUGCUUAAACAGAAAUCUGGAAAUAUUAUAAAUAUGUCUUCUGUGGCAUCCAGUAUCAAAGGAGUUGUGAACAGGUGUGUCUACAGUACUUCAAAGGCAGCAGUUAUUGGGCUAACAAAGGCUGUGGCUGCUGAUUUCAUUGAACAAGGCAUCAGAUGCAACUGCAUAUGUCCUGGAACUGUUGACACACCAUCUUUACAGGAAAGAAUCCAAGCCCGGCCUAACCCAGAACAGGCACUGAAAGACUUUCUAGCCAGACAGAAGACUGGCAGGAUGGCUACUGCAGAAGAAGUGGCCCAUCUCUUUGUGUACUUGGCCUCUGAUGAAUCUGCCUAUGUGACUGGUAAUGAAUUAAUCAUCGAUGGAGGAUGGAGCUUGUGAUUGACUCUACCUGCAAAUGGCAAUUCAUAUUAUGAUGGGCAAAAAAUGAGGAUGGUGCUUCUUGCAAAGAUUGAGAUCAUGCACGUGAUGUCUUUCCCAACAAAUUUGCUAUCUCUAGAUUUAUCUUACUGAUUAACUUUUCCUUAAAUAGAGAAACACUGGAGUAAAACAUACUUCAUGUGGCUUCAAUUUAUGCCAACUCCAAAAACAUGAAAGAACAGCAGUUUAAUGUUUCAGAUUUCAGGAGGCCAAAAAUAUUAUCCACGUUACAAAGUCUGAGUUGUGUUUUAAGCAAGAUCUGAGUGAAAGGAAUUAACUAUUAUCUUUAUUCUCUUCUUAUGAGGUAUUUGGAAAUUAAAUGCAAUUAGGUUUCCAUGUACAGGAACAACUAUGCAAGGGCAAUAUCCUAGCAGGUAUGGAUGGGGUAUAUAUGAGAGGAGUAUUCUUACAUACAUGGGUGAAUCUUCAUUAAUAUACUUGACUUGUAGCACAAAAGCAAAAGGAAUGAUUUUUACCACUCUAGAUAGAGCCAAUAUAUUUGUCUCCAAAAUUAUGUACUAAUAUUGGACAAAUUCUGUAAAAUCUGUUGCUAGGUGCUACACUUUAGUACUCUAUAUUUUAUUCUCAAGUACCAAUACAGCUCACACUAAAGCACGAGGCAAAAUGUCUCUGAAAAGGACUGUUUCUACAAGAGUGUGUGCUGAUGUUUUUAUUGUGAUAGCACAUGGUAGCUUUGAUUCAUGAAAUAGAAACCUAUUAUUGUCAAGUUUCAUUACUCUGGGAAAAAACAUAGGUCCUGACCCAGAAAUCUAAGGCAACGAAUAACCUGAAUUCACAAAGCAUUUGUUUUGCUAACAUACUGCUUAAAACCAACAUGAAUUGCAUGGUCUGACUGCCUAUAAAUAUAGUUACCUUUAACAUAGCUCCAUUUAUCUAAUUAAUAAAUGAAACUCUAUGUAAUUUAAUAUAUAUCUUCAUAUACAUUUUAUACAUAUAUAUGUGAGGGAGGAAUUAAGGGCUAAAUGCUACUUAAUAUGAUUCAUCAGUAAUCAAAGCACAGGAAAAAUGUACAGUAUUGUCUGUGUGUUUCUAUAGCAACAUAAACUGCCAUGUUUAUAAAAUUACUGCUUAAGCUUUUCAGUAUCAGCUGAGACAUUAAUAUAAAUUACCUGAUUUCAAAGAUAAUGAAACACAUCUAGUUAAAAUCUGGUCUCUUAUUUUAAAAUAAUUGUAUGUAAAUCUAGAUUUUACAAAUGAGAAACACUAUGAACAUUGAUUUCAUUUGGCUUAUUAUGGGCUUAACGUUUACCUUUAAUCAUGGCUGGAACAUUCUGA